AUGAAUACCGUCCCCGUCAGCGUCGAAGAACUCAAGCAGUUCCACACAAUCGAUAGAGACAUGUAUGGCAAACUCAUCUUUUCUCUCCACCACGACCCAUUAAUGUCAAUUCGAAUUAUGUCAUUUUGGCUAUGGCUGGAAUGCUCUGGAAAUUGUCGAAAUUUUAUGUCCCAUCUUCAUUCCUUUCCUUCUCUUCUCCUAAACUCAGUUGUCUUAGAAACUAUUAGUUGCAUUUGUUACCUUGAUGACUCCUCCAUCCUAUCACUCUCUAAUAUUAAUGUAGUUGGAAUACCUUUCCUUCUAAACAUAAUAGGCAACAAUACAUUUUCCAUACAAUAUCUUAUAGACAAUCGGGCAAUUGUUCUCGAAUCUAUGCAGAAAAUCUCCGUCAAUGUCUGCAGCCGGGCAUUUGACGAUCUCUUGUCUCGGAUACUCUUACAAAGGCACCAAUAUCAAACUGUUAGAACAAUGUUUCAUUCGGGGUCGCCUUCUUCUUCUUCUUCGCGGGUGCUUAUCCCCACUGAUGAUAGAGUACAACAACAUUUGAUAAGUGGAAUGAGGCCUGACAGAGUACAACAACAUUUGAUGGGUGGCAUGGAGCCGAGGAGGAAUAAUAUUGUAAGCAUAUCUGAAGAUCCCAGGGAACAAGAUAUCAUGACGGUUGACCAAACUUUGUUAGUAACAGAACUUGUUAGUCCGAGGUCGAGAAUGGAGACACAACACGAAAGAAUAGUCUUCUUGACAUUCUCCAAAGGCUACCAUGUUACUGAAACUCAACUUAGAGAUUUUUUUGUCGGACGAUUUGGAGAGAUAAUAGAAGACUUGAUUAUGCAAGAUGUACCAUUGGAGGAGCAACCACUUUAUGCGCGCAUGCUUGUGCAUUCCUCAAAUGAAGUGGAGAAGGUUCUUGGAGGUCAAAAUCGUGUUAGGUUCACCAUCAAUGGAAAACAUGUUUAUGGUCGGAAGUAUGUCAAGAGAAAUCCUAAAGCAACCACCAGCUCGGUUUCCCACAAAAACUCUCCACCGCCAUCUCCUGCUGCCGCCACAACAUCCGAAUAG